AUGCGGAACCUCAAUGGGUACGAGAUCAAUGGACGCAACCUCCGGGUGGACUUUGUCGAUGGUAAGGACAAGUCUGGAGGGUCCGAACGAAAACGUCACGAGACUGGAAGCCAAUCUCGACAUGGAGGAGCUACUGGUAGCAACUUUUGGGGCGAGGGCGGGCACCCGACGAUGGGGACUGGAGAGAUGGCGAUCCAUGCAAUCGAGUCGGCCAUCUCUCGGUUCGGACCAAGUUUCAAGACACUACAGAUCUCCAUUCCGUCGUCAACAGAGACACAAGCAGUGUUGCUGGCCCCUCCUCCCAUGAUGCACCAACCACCACCCAUGGCAGGAAGGAUGAUGCAGCAACCGCUACGGCCAUCUAUGGGCGGGUCUGCGGUAUCUAGUUCUGGUAUUCUAGGUAUGGCCCCGCCAGGUGUUCGGUCGGCUAUGCCAGGAGCGUCAGCAAAAGCUGGUGGUACGCGAUGGAGUGCACGACCGGGGCCUUUGGCUGCUCAGGCGACGAGUGCCGCUAUGACCAACAGACCCGCCCCUGCUUCUAGCCCGAUGCACACUCAGUCUAAAUCAAGCUUGAUGCCCACACCAACUGUACCAGCACAUUCGAGCGAACCGCCUAGCAGUAACUUGGCGCACGCUAGUCGCGAUCCUUGUCGAGCAGGAAGAGGAGAUCCACGUGCAGCCAAGAGACCGUAUUCCGCUGGCGAAGGACCGGUAGCGCCUACACAAGGAGACCACGACGCUCUGAAGCGCGUCAAGUCCAGCGGUGCAGGCGGCGAUAGCGCUUCAACUGGUCAUUUUGACGCUAUCGCUGAACUUGCGCGCAACACGACCCCACAAAACCUCGACAUGCUGCCACCAAACGAACGGCAGAUGCUGCUGGCUUUCAUGCAGCAGAACAAUAUUCCAUUUGGAACGGGACAAAGUGUUUAUGAUGGUAUUCAAGUUCAUCAGGGUGCUUAA